UGCAGCUCACCAACAAGAUGAUGUACUGUAGUACUGUAUACUUUAAACAGAAGAGUUUCGAUGUUUGAUGUUGCUUAUUUUUGAAAAUUUAAAUUUAAGGAUAUUCGACUCUUUCUUCGUGAAAAUAGUCCCUUCAUUCCAUCGCUUCCUCAGAGGUACACUUUCACCACAAUGAGUGCCGGUAUUAGGAAAACACUCGUGAGCUCUAUUCAACUGCAGGAUAUCAACCACAGAGCAGAUGAAAUUCCACAAGAAGUCAAAGAGGAGAAAACAUACACCAUUGAACAAGCUGUUGAAGAAAUUGGCUUUGGGCGUUUUCAUGUUCUUUUGUUUUUAAUAAUGGGCAGUGCAAAUAUAGUGGAAGCCAUUGAGAUAAUGUUGCUGGCCGUUGUAUCACCGGAAAUCCGAUGUGAGUGGCGUCUAGAGGACUGGCAGGUGGCAUUGGUCUCAACAAUGGUGUUUUUUGGCUUCAUGACUUGUGGUGUACUUAGUGGUUAUGUGGCUGACAGAUAUGGACGCUGGAAGGUUGUAUUUGGGGCAUUCAUCUGGGCUGCUUACUUCUCUCUGCUGACUUCAUUUUCUCCUUCAUAUGGCUGGUUUAUCUUCCUGCGCACUAUGGUGGGAUGUGGUGUAGCUGGAACCUCACAAGGGUUUGUUUUAAAAACAGAAUUCAUUCCUGCAAAGUACAGAGGCUAUUUGUUACCAUUAUCACAGAUUUUCUGGAUGCUGGGUGCAGUGCUCAUGGUUUUCCUAGCAAUGACAGUGAUUCCCUCUCUUGGCUGGCGUUGGAUGAUCCGAAUCUCCAUUAUUCCAAGCAUUAUUUUAAUGUUUUUGUUUCAGUUUAUUCCAGAGUCAGCUCGGUACAACGUUUCCGCAGGCAAUGUCAGUGGUGCUCUGCAAACCCUCCAGCGUAUUGCCCGAAUGAACGGCUCCUCACUGCCCGAGGGAAAACUAGUGGAACCAUUAGUGACACAAAGAGGAAGUUUUUAUAUCUUAGUGAGUUCAACAUUUAGGAGGACAUCAAUGCUUUUGUGGUAUUCAUGGUUUGUUGCUUCUUUCUCAUAUUAUGGCUCUGUCCUGAGCAGCUCUGAGCUGCUGGAGAAAAAUCUCCUGUGCAUCACCAAUGCUGAGUCUGAGCACAAGAUAAACCCUGAGGUGACUCCGUGCUACUGCAUUCCCUUUGGAAACUCAGAUUAUCACACCAUGCUGAUCAGUUCCUUGGGGGAGAUAUCACUUCUUCCUUUGAAUAUCAUCAUGUUAAAUACUUUAGGACGGAAAUACAGCAUGGCCAUUUUAAUGAUAUGCUCUGGAAUAUUCUUUCUGCUUCUCAGCAUUUGCUCAACAUUGUUUGGCUUUACAAUCUUACUUUUUCUACUUCGUUCCAUCGUAGCAAUGAACUUCAAUGCUGUUUAUAUUUAUACUGCUGAGGUCUAUCCAACCUCAGUGCGAUCCAUAGGAUUGGGGUUUUGUACCUCUUUCAGCCGUAUAGGUGGCAUGAUAGCACCGUUUAUAGCUCAGGUCUUAAUGUCCAAAUCUGUGAUAACAGCUCUGGUUCCAUUUGCGGUGACCAGUUUCCUGUGCUCAGUUGGUGCUUUACUCCUGCCUAUAGAAACAAAAGGCCGAGCUCUUCUGCAAAAUGAAACGUGAUCUGAACCAACGAAGAAAGGAUUCUUUAUAAGGGAGAGGGACUCUCUGGACCAAUUUGUAGGGAGGGUUGUUUAGGAAGGGGUUGGGUUAUUUUUCCAUAUUAAUUAUUGCCUUUUUUAAAAUCAUUUAAGAGUUUUCCAUGAGCUGGAUAUGGAGAAAGUAUUUUUUCAUGAAGUCUUCUGAUUUUGAUCAAAAAGGUAUUUUUUAAAAGAAGCCGUCAUAGUCCUCACCAAUCAGAGACAUUCACAGAAAAGUUGCAUGUUGGUAUUUGUUGUCUGUUUAUUGCAAACAAAAGUCCACUGCCAUAUUUAAUAAUAAAAUGCUUUAUUCAUUUAUUAAUUCAAGUAUUGUGAAUGCAAAAUUGUAUGAGUCUAUGCUGUAAAUGUACAAAUGACGAUAAAUGAGAGAAGGUGGUCACUUUGCAAUUGCAGUCAUUAAAUUAUUUUCUAGUUAUAGAUGUCUUAAGGACCAAUAUGCCAAAAUCCAUUUAAUACAUAUUGCUGAAUGGUCUCUUCUUGUCUAUAACAUGUUCUUAUUUUUCAACAUUAAGCAGGAAAUGCUUCUGUAUACAGCUGGCAGUGGAUAAACAGUAGUCUACAAGAUCAUUACCAGCUGGAAAAUACAAAAUAAAAUAUGAAAAAAUAAAUAAAAGACUACCAAAAUGAA